CCCACGGCAGAAGAUGCUCCAGUCCCUGAAGAAGGUCCCCCAGCUCCUCCAGCUGAACCCCAAACCCCAGCCCCUGAACCUGAGCCUGAGAAACCAAAGGCAGAGCCACCCAGCUGCCCUUUGUCCUUGGCUGUGGAAGAAGUGAGUGAAAACUCGGUUACGCUGACCUGGAAAGCCCCGGAGGAGACGGGCCGGUCGGGCCUGGAUGGAUACGUGGUGGAGAUCUGCAAAGAUGGAAGUGCAGACUGGACAGCUGCGAACAAGGAGCCUUUUCUUUCCACCCGGUUCAAAAUCCAGGAGCUCAGCUCCGGUGACAAGAUCCAUGUACGGGUGAAGGCUGUCAGCGCCAGCGGUGCCAGCGUCCCGGCCACUUUGGAGCAGCCGGUCCUCAUCAGAGAGAUCCUCCAGCUCCCGAAGAUCCGCCUGCCCCGUCACCUGCGGCAGACUUACGUCAGGCGCGUUGGGGAUGCUGUGAACUUGAUGAUCCCUUUCCAGGGAAAGCCAACGCGGCCUGGGCCAGGGGUCAUCCCCCCCCGACCCCCCAGCCGCAUCAACAUCCGCAACACGGAGAAGGACACCAUCUUCUACAUCCGCAGUGCGCAGCGCAACGAUUCGGGCAAGUACGAGCUCGCUGUGCGGAUAAACGGAGCGGAGGACAAGGCUAUCCUGGACAUCCGAGUGAUUGAGCCACCGGGCCCUCCCAAGAACCUGAAGUUGUUGGAUGUGUGGGGCUUUAAUGUGGCCCUGGAGUGGACCCCGCCAGAGGACAAUGGGAACUCUGAGAUUAAAGGCUACGUUGUGCAGAAGUCAGACAAGAAGAGUGGGAAAUGGUUCACAGCGCUGGAGCACUGCAGCCGCACCAGCUGCACCAUCUCCGACCUCAUCAUUGGCAACACCUACUCCUUCCGGGUGUUUGCAGAAAACGCCUGCGGGCUGAGCGAGAAAGCGGCCGUCGCCUCUGGGGUGGCCCACAUCGAGAAGACAAAAACUACCUACCAGCCAGAGAAGAUCCCUCAACGGGACAUGAUGGAGCCUCCAAAGUUCACCCAGCCCCUGACAGAUCGAGCCACCACCCGAGGCUACAGCACACAUCUCUUCUGCUGCGUCCGAGGCUUCCCCCAGCCCAAAAUCAUCUGGAUGAAAAAUCAGAUGGAGAUACGGGAGGACCCCAAAUACAUAGCGAUGAUCGAGCAGGGCGUCUGCUCCCUGGAAAUCCGCAAGCCUGGCCCUUUCGAUGGGGGUGUCUACACCUGCAAAGCUGUGAACCCCUUGGGGGAAGCCUCAGUAGACUGCAAACUUGAUGUGAAGG